AUGAGCGAUAUUUACGCCAAUGAAGAAUCGCCCACUACAAUUGUUGUUUCUGAAGAAAUUCAAGUUCAACGGACAGAAAAAUUUGACAGAAGAUCGUGGAAUAUGUUCACUUUAAGAGCUUGGAAGGAUGACUCAAUACCUAAUGGUGAACUUGAGGUUCUAUCUCCAAUUGGGCGCGGAAGAUUUGGAGAAGUCUUCGCUGCCUACUACUACGAACCCGCAGUAAUCAAAUUUUUUGACAUGUAUCAUGUUGACGUGCACAAACGUUUAGAAGUCUUUAAACAAGACACUGCCUGUUUUCAAAAUGUUCGACACGAAAAUUUAAUUUUUUUUCGAGGCUUUUACACAAUUGACCGGUCAAAAUUGGGUAUUGUAAUGGAAUAUAUUAAAGGGGAUACUUUGUUUGAUAUUUUGCAUGAUCCUGACAAUGAUAGACGCCCAAUAGAUUUUAAUGAUAUUAUUGAAUAUGCUAAACAAAUUUGUCAGGGAAUGUCAUACCUUCAUACCAGACAUAUUUUGCACAAAGAUUUACGUUCAAAAAAUAUUUUCGUUAGUGAAAGACGGUCAAUAAAGAUUACAGAUUUUGGAAUUUUUAAUUUAAAAAGGCUAUCAUAUCCCAACAGAAAUUAUUCAUUCGUUGUUCCGUUCAAUUGGCUUCGUUAUAUAGCUCCAGAGCUUUUGAGAGUGUUAAAUGAACGUUUUGAUCCAGUUACGUUUACAGAAGCUUCUGAUGUUUUUUCUUUUGGCACAAUCUGGUACGAGUUGUUAACAAAUACAUUUCCUUUUGAUUCUAUGCCUUUUGAUUUUGUCAUAUGGCAAAUUGGAUCUGGAAUCAAAGCACCUUUGACUGAUCUGAAAAUGUGUCAUGAAGCUAAGGUUUUUCUCAUGUAUUGUUGGUCUUUCAACCCUUUGGAUCGAAAAUUAUUUUCUGAACUUCUCCAAUUGCUCAAAACUAUGCCUAGAAUAACUUUAAGGCGAAGUCCAUCUGUCCCAUUAUGUAAAAGUUUUGAAUCAAUUUUUUGA